UUGAAACGGGAAGGUUGUCGGUGAGAUCUCGCGCGUGAAAUUGAAAUGAAUUGAGUCGUGGAGCGCUUUUUAGCCAAAAGCGAUUGUUAUAACGCUUAUUUGAUUAAACACACUCACACACGCUCAACGCUAUCAACAAUCAAAGUGUAACGGGAGCUCUGUAAAGUUUCGUAAACUUAAGCCACAAAAAAGAACUUGAGAAAAAUCGUGCUGCAAAGCCAAUUAAUAAUAACAACAACAAAAUUUAAGAAAACCACUUAAAAAUCGGUGUGUGCCAGACAAGUGGAAAAAUCCGAGGCCAAACCCAAAAAAGAAGACCGCGCAGCAGCCAGGGAUCCAUGCAAAUUCUGGAGAAAUCUCAACUGUGCAGCUGGAGCUAGAUACAACCGGCAGAUAGAUUACUUGGAGAGCACAUUUCCGCACUUGGUGUGGGACAGUGGGACGAGUCUGUUUGUUUACUGCACCGAGAACCCACCGAGAAGAACCACACGAUGCCCGGCCACUUGCACGCCAUCGAUCUCUGAGAGGCUCCAGUCCUCCUUCUGACUCUCCUCUUGCAAUAUUUGGUUGCUGGUUGGUGGUGCAAUCGCCAGAUAAAUUCUAAUAAAUAGCCAGACAACAGCAUACUUGGCAUAAAAAUAAAUAAGAAUCGAAGAACGCAAGAACGCAGGAACGCGGAACGCACAUUGCAACAGAUUCGGAUUGAAAAUUCAAAUUCACCCGAGGUGUGGAGUGCAUUGGCCAGACCAAAUCGGGCCAUAACACCUCCUCCCGGAUUUCAUUUUUUGUGGCAACAUAGACGUAGGUCGCGGCCAAAGUGUUCCAAGGCAGAGGCAGAGGCAACCGGAGCGAGGUGUACACCUUUGGCACCAUGGAGGGCGGUUACGUCAACGAAGAGGAUUCAGAUGCCAUAAUGGGUGUGGAAAGUCCAGGCGGUCAACUGAAGACCAAAAAUGGCCAAAAAUAUGUAUUUAAUGGACCUCCAUCGGGGGUUUAUGUUUCCAAGGCGUGCCUGAUCAUCGCCGCCUUCAUCUUCCUGGUGGCCCUGCUUUUCUCCAUUGCAAUCACUUACUUUGUGACCCGACAGGGAAUCAGCCCCAAGGAAGUGGGUUCCGGAAGCAUCAACCCAUCAUCUGGCGGGGAUCAUCCCAUCCAAACCGCUGGCUGGGUGAGUGUUAACUCACCGCCGCCCACGGAUACGCCCUCGCUGACCACGAGUGCACCACUGCCUCCGGAACUGCCGCCCAUUGUGGAGCAGGAAAAGAAGGCUGUGGUGGCUCCGCCAGUGGGUGAUAUACCUGUGCCAACGACAGAAAUCGAGGAUAACACCACCAAGCCCACGGAUCGACCCCUCAAGUUGUACGAAGGCUGGCGACCCUUGCACUACAGCCUGCUUAUUGAACCACAUGUGGAGGUGUCGGCCAGCAAUGGCAGUCUGACCAUUGAAAUCGAGCGGGAUGUCUUCAAGGUGACCAGCUGGGAACCCAUUGUACUUGAUGUCCACAAUGUGAGCAUCUCAAAUGUUCGAGUGAUUAGAGCUCCAUUACCGGGCAGGAUCAGCAAUGCCAGUGAUGAGCAGGAGGUGGACUUUGACAGCGAUUAUGGUGAUGAAAAUGGCACCUUUGUGAUCCAUCUGGACAAAGCUCUGUCCGGUGAGACACAGCUGCGACUGCUUCUGAGCCUGGACUUUGUGAGUCAGCUGACAGAUACUCUGCAGGGCGUUUACAAGACCAGCUACCUUAAUCCAGACACCAAGAAGACUGAAUGGGUUAUCAGCACUCAGUUCUCCCCCAUCGAUGCCCGACGCGCCUUCCCCUGCUUCGAUCGUCCCGAUAUGAAGGCCAACUUUACCAUCAGCAUUAUCCGGAGCAACGAUUUCAAGAUGUCUCUGUCCAACAUGCCCAAGGCACACAGCACUCGCUACCGUCCUGGCUACAUUAGGGAUGACUUCCUAACAACUCCCAAAAUGCCCACAUAUCUGGUAGCCUUCAUCGUGUCCAACAUGGUGGAUGGACAAUACGCAGCCCUGGACAGUGAGAUGGCGCCGAGAGUGGAGCUCUGGACAAGAUCACCAUAUGUGGAGAUGACCCACUACGCGUACAAGAUGGUGCGCAAGUUCCUGCCCUACUACGAGGAUUACUUUGGCAUUAAGAACCAGUUGCCCAAGAUCGAUCUGGUUUCCGUACCAGAGUUUGGAUUCGGAGCAAUGGAGAACUGGGGAUUGAUUACCUUCAGGGACUCUGCUCUCCUUGUGCCUGAGGAUCUGGAGCUGGCUUCUUCCUCAUACCACAUGCAGUUUGUGGCUGAUAUCGUUGCCCAUGAGUUGGCCCAUCAGUGGUUCGGCAAUUUGGUGACACCCAAAAGAUGGGAUGACCUCUGGCUGAAGGAGGGCUUCGCCUGCUACAUGAGCUUCAAGGCCCUGGAGUUCUCUCAUCCAGAGUUUCAGGUAAUGGACACUUUCACCGUUUCGGAGUUCUCGGCUUCGAUGGAACUGGAUUCGGACAACACCUCGCAUGCCAUAUCCUUUGAGGUGCGCACCACCAGCGACGUUCAGCGUAUUUUCAAUCCGAUUAGCUAUUCCAAGAGCACGAUCCUGCUGCGCAUGCUCAACUCGAUUGUGGGUGAUGAGGCCUUCCGCUCGGCCACACGGGAUCUGCUAAAGAGGUUUGCCUAUGGCAAUAUCGACAGGGAUGACCUGUGGGCCAUCCUUACACAUCAUGGUCACGAGCAAGGCACACUGCCAAUGGAUUUGUCCAUCAAGCAGAUUAUGGAUUCGUGGAUCACGCAGCCGGGCUAUCCUGUAGUCAAUGUGGAGCGUCGAGGCGCUGAUUUAGUGCUGCGUCAAGAGCGCUACCUUCUGCCCACCAAGAACCCUGCAGACCAGAGUCGCUGGUUUAUACCCAUCACCUUCGAAACGGAUGAGCUGCACAAGGGCGACAAUGUGCCCACACACUGGAUGCGUAGCCAGGACGAGGAGGAGCUCAUCGUGAGCGACGUCUUCACCCAUAGUGCCAACAACGACAACGUGAUCUAUCUGAAUCUGAACCGACAGGGCUACUACCGGGUCAAUUAUGACCUGACCUCCUGGCUGGCUCUUAAGAAAAACUUUAGCAUGCUGCCAAGGAUAACGCGAGCCCAGCUCCUGGACGAUGCCCUGCACCUGGCGCAGGCAGAGUACUUGACCUAUGAUAUACCUCUUACCUUCCUGAUGGAGCUAUACACGGCUGUGGACGAUGAGUUGCUGUGGAGUGCCGCCAGUCGGGGACUCAACUAUCUCGCCAACAACCUCAAGAGAGAGCCCGCCUAUGAGACAUUUAGGGCCUUUAUGAAAUUCAUUGUGCGUCCCGCCUUUGAUCGGUAUGGUUUGAAUGAGCCGGACAAUGAGUCGCAUCUGCAACUGCAACAUCGAGCCCUGGUGGCCAACUUGGCCUGUAAAUUCAACUACGAUCGCUGCACCCAAGUGGCUCAGAUGAAGUUCCGAGAGUGGAUGCGGGAUCCCAAGAAGAAUCCCAUCAAGCCGAAUCUCAAGUCAGUGAUUUACUGUACAGCCCUGGCAGAGGGCUCCUUCCAGGAAUGGUACUUUGCCUACAAACAGUACAAGACAACAACGAGUGCAUCGGAGAAGGAGGAGAUCCUGGGAUCACUGGGUUGCACCACCAAGCCCUGGCUGCUGUCCAAGUACCUCAACAUGACCAUCAAUCCCACUUCGGGCAUCCUGAAGCAGGAUGGAGAUCGGGCCUUUACAGCAGUGGCCUACAAUGCCGUGGGUCAUGAACUAGCCUUUGACUUUUUGCAGAGCAACAUCAAGGAGAUUGCCGAAUACUAUGGCGAUGGCUUCUCCACUGUGUCUGCGAUGAUCAAAUCGCUCACUGUCUACAUGAACAAGGACUAUCAUAAGCACAAGCUGCAGGACCUGGCUGCCACCUGUCGCAAGCUGGGCCUGCGGGCCGUGGAAUCCACCAUUAAUCUGGCUCUGGAGCAGGUGAACAAUAAUAUCUACUGGCGCAAACACUCCUACGACAGCCUAAAGAUCUUCCUUGAGGGCAUCGUCAGCGAGUUCCAGAUCAACAUCUUCUAAGCCGAUGGGGAAAACUCAAAUUGAUUUCAACCAAAAAUACGCGAUUUAGUUUAUGUAACAACUACCAUUAUUUGUAUUCAUGCGAAGGCCUCAAAUUAAUUUAAUGAAACGAAUUAUUUGCGAAAAGUGAUAUAAACGUGUAAGUUAGCCAGCAUAGUUUAGGUAACCGAUUUACUUUUUGCAAUUGUAUAUUUAUUUAUUUGUAAGUCGCGCUUCUUCUGCUUCUUGGCAUUGCUCUGCAACGUUCCUACUAAAAAUAGAAAUCAACCGGAAAAACACACACACAUAGUUCGAUCUUCGAAUAGCUCUCAUUCACCGCAUCACUUUAGGCGUCUGUUUUAGGCCACACUUGAUAUACUAUAUAUAUAACUAUAUAUACUGCAAAUCUAAUGCUGCUUGUGUAAAAUUUGUAUUACCCCUACUUAUGAGUGUCGAGUACUUUACGUUCGUAUACACCCCUAGGUCCUAAGCGAAUCAAUCUAGCACUAAGCGAACCAAAAAUCUAUUUUGUAGUGAGUCCAAAAUCAAGGUGGGAAGGAGGAGGAGAAGUCGAGAGAGACAGGAAACCGAGUGUCCUUAAUGCAUGGUUUAUGAAAUGUUGCUGUGGCAAGGAGAGUACAUCCAAACACACACAAAUAUAUUUAUUAACGUACGAGUACCUAUUAUAUGUAUUUUGUAAAGCCCAACACACACGGAAAUACUUGUAUCGCUGCUGCACAACCAUGUAAAUAAGUUUUAAAGCUUACACUAAACAUUUAAAUAAAC